AUGGCUAUUCAACCCAGUACAAAUGGCCAUUCGAUUCCCAGUAUCAGCAACCUCAGCAUCGAUCAAUCCAGCGACGCUGUUAUUCAAACGAUACUGCCACAAGUUUUGGAAGCAGUUGGCAAUGGCUACAACCAUGUCGAGGGUCGUCUUAAUGAGGUCCAAAAUAAGCGGCUGCCUUCCCUUGAGGCGCAGAUCCGUGCAUUCGAACAAUCGCAAGGACAAAUCACAGGCACCAAAACCCAACUGUCAGAUCUAAAAGAACGUCUCGAUGCUGCUGAGACGAAAGAAGCCUUCCUCGAGACUCUCAGCAACAAGUUCUCCGAGUCCAUCAGGAAGCUCGAAUCGAACAAGUCUACUUUAACUUCUGAUGCUGCCCGUGUUCAAGCUAUCUCCGCGAAGGUCGAUCAGCUGCAGGCUGAUAGCAAUGCCAGCAAAAAGGCUUUGCAAGAUGCUGCGAAGAAGCUCAAGAAUCUACCAUCGGAUGGUACCAUCGAUUGGACCAGUGUCGCGACCGUUUUGGAUCGUGUCAAGGAACUUUCUGAGACCGUCAAGAAGUUUCAGGGGGAGAAAGAAGCCGAUGCAAGAAAAAUCCAGACCCUUUCUGAGACCGUCAGCAGACUGCAAGCCGACAGACAAGCCGACGCAGAUGGCAUGCAAGCUCAAUCGGAGCGUCUGGACAAGCUGCAGAAGCAGCAAACAGAUGGCGAGCAAGCUACUAGACUGGACACACUCUCACAUGAUGUUGAGAAGCUCCAGAAAGACAGAACAUCGGAUGCCAGCCGUAUCCAAUCAACUGUGGAGAAUCUCAAUAGGCUGCAGUCACAGCAAGCUGAAAAGGCGAAUCGAACGAGCCUCAACGUCCUCACUGAGAAAGUGGCGAAGCUCCAAGCAGAUGACCAAAAUCGAACAUCUGAUGCAGACAUCGGCCGCAAGCAGUGCCGGAAACUUGAUGAACGCAUGGAGAAAAUAGAAAAGCAGUUUAAGAAUCUCGACGAUCAACCUCGCAAGGUAGAGACUACACAAUCCGACAUAGCUACAAUCAAGACCGCCACCUCAGCACUUGCGAUGAAGGUUGCAAAGAUUGAAAACCGCCAGUCUGAUACAUCCAACUCGAACACCACGAACUCGGUGUUCACGCGCCUGGAUAAACUGGAGAACCGAGACGCCAGUGUGGCCAAAGUGAAUGCAGACACUCAGGCUUUACUCAAGCGGGUGCAGAAACUCACGGGCGAACAGUCAGAGAUGGCCAGCAUGCGCGGCAACUUGCAAACACUUGCAAGUCGAGUGCUGAAGUUAGAGGGCCCCGAGUCUGAUGCGGCUAAAGCAGUUGAGGACACAAAAGCCCUGCUCAAGCGGUUGGACGAACUGGGAGGCGACCAGUCAAUCAUGGCCAGGAUAGACGACAGCUUACGAACACUCGUGGACCGAGUGAAGAAGUUAGAGGGGCCGGUGUCCGAUGCGGACGGCGCAGCUGAGCAUGUGAAGAAUAUGCUCCAGGAACAUAUCAAAGAAGAAGUCCGACGUCUGGGCGAAGUCACAAGCCAGUUGCGUGAACUGAAGGCGCACAUGCAGGAGAAGACUCAACCGCCCUCACUUUCGAUCGAUGAUCUCGCUCGUGCGCUGAUCCAACGCUUGAGUGAAGGCGAGGUCUUCAACGAGGAGACGAAAUCUUUGAUUCGAGUUGCCACUGGAGAUGCCGCGGCUCACAGAGGCACAAAAAGUUCUGACAACUCAGAUCGCUCUGCUCGCAGUCUAUCGACCACCUCUACCGACGUUCUCUCGGGCAAUCUAUCAAUCGAGAAAACCACACUCCCUCGUCACGUCCAGAAGCAAGCAAAGGAUGUUGGUGGCGAACGUCAACUAUCUAUACCUUCCAUAGAGAUUGACGAGGACCAACCAUUCGGGCACCAACAUUCUGCGGGUUUGGGGACCUCCAACAAGCCAUCCACCAAGCGAAAAUUCGACAUAAGCAGUCAAGACAACAACGAUAUCGAGCAAGCAACGGCGGGAUCCCGCAAGCGGUCAAAGAGCGCAGCGGGAACAGCGAGGUCAACGAGGAGAGCCACGGAAGAGCAGCAGUCGCGGUCUAAGCGGCAAAAGCCCAGCAGCCGCCAUGCUGCCUCUUCGCCGGUUGACAAGUGGCGUCCUGCGAGCCGUCGGAAGCAGGCCACUCGAGACGCAGGAGCUACGGACGAUGAUGAGGAUGAGGAGGAGUCGGAUGAGGAGACUGCACCUCGACGCACUUCACGAACGGUCAGGCCCACGCAGAAGGGCUCGUAUUUGACGUUUCUGGACGGCUCAACGAGGAGGAACUCGUGA